CAGACACAGACACUUACACUCUCUAACCGGAAUCUUCUUCAAUAAUCCUUCUUCUUCUUCAGUCAUCAUGGGUAAAGUCGAGGGAGGAAUGAAAUGUGUCAAGUUCCUGCUCUUUAUCUUCAACUUUAUAUUCUGGUUGAUGGGCUCUCUGGUUCUGGCAGUAGGUCUCUGGCUCCGACUGGAUCCAAACACUGUGUCUCUUUUAGGAGAAGACGGACCUGAUACCUUCUUCAUCGGCGUGUAUAUCCUCAUCGCUGCCGGUGGUCUGGUGAUGCUGGUGGGGUUUUUCGGCUGCUGUGGAGCCGUGCGGGAGUCGCAGUGUCUUCUAGGAUUGUUUUUUGCCUGCCUUCUGGUCAUCUUUGGAGCUGAGGUUGCAGCAGGAGUUUUUGGCUUCAUCAACAAAGACAAGAUCAUUCAGGAAAUAAAACACUUCUAUGAUGAAUCUGCUGGAAUCAACAACAAUAAUGCAACCGUGCAGUCGUACCACAUCGUAUUGAGUUGCUGUGGUUCAUCUACAAUGACGCCACAGUUGUGUAAAAACAUGGUAUUUAACCAGACAUGUGACGUAGCUAUUGAAGAGUUUUUCAACAGUAAGCUGUUCAUCGUGGGUUACGUGGGAAUAGGAAUCGCUGGAGUCAUGAUUAUAGGCAUGAUCUUCAGUAUGGUCCUCUGUUGUGCCAUCCGAAACAGCCGGGAGGUGAUCUAACAGAGCUCUUCCUCUCCCAAAACACGACCUUUCACCUCUGCUGGACUCGCUGCAUACACACAACAGUAACAUUCCCAAACUCAACCCUGUUGUUUAAACUCCGUCCAAUCGCUGGAUCUCCUUAAUUGAACGCCUGCUGGUUCGGUGCUGGAUCCUCUCUGUCGUUUCCUCAAAUCUCUAUUAAUAUAUCCUGACAUGCGGCUCCUCCAGUCAGAUAUAUACUCAGGCUAUUCUCGUCUGUUGCUGCGUGUCUUCACAUGCCAGAUAUAAAUAUUGUGUAACGUGACGCCAGGGGCUUCUUUUGCCUUUUACGAUUGUACACAAGCGGAGUAGACUUCACGUCACAGAGAGAGAUCUCAAACAUUCACGAAGGAGCAGAAUUAAUGCAUGCACAAAACACACGUCGGAGAUCUUCAUAUCAUUGAAUUGACUUGUACUUCCACUUCUGGAAAGACACACACACACAUAGACAUAUUUCCAGCUCCGCUUUCUUGAUAUACUGUAUUUCAGUGAGGAUUUCUGACCAAACUGUUCCACUUUCAGUACAAGCAGCUUUCAUUAGGUCAGAUUCUUCAAUAUGAGUGAAAAAUCACACAAAAAACUGACAAAAAUAUGUGUUGUGUACAUAUCUGUGUCCUCAUCGUAGUUGUAGCGAUGGUGAAGGCCUGUAUUGUGUGUUUACCGGGGCAGUUCACCCAAAAAUUAACAUUUACACACUAUGUGGUUAUACACCUUUAUGAGUUUCUUUCCCAUGUUGAACACUAAAGAAGAUAUUUUGAAGAAUGCUGAAAAGCGGUAACCAUUGACUUACAUUGUAGGAAAAACAAAUACUAUAGAAGUCAGUGGCUAGAGGUUUUCAGCAUUCUUCAAAAUAUCUUCUUCAGUGUUCAACAGAGAAAGGAAACUCAAACAGUGUUGGAUCGAGUAAUUCAUGAUGGAACUUUCAUUUUUUGGGGUGAACUAUUAUUUCAGUGUGUAUAGAGGCAGUUUUUGGCCAGUGUACAGCGACGUCUGUUUCAUGCAUUUUGCAUUCGAGUAUUAAAGUGACAGUACACCCAAAAACUAAGAUGAUCAUUUCCCAAACCCUCGCUUGUUCUAAACCUAGUGAGCUAGGCUAGUAUGAAGAUAUGCUGAAAAAUGUUCAUUACAAACAGCCCAUAGACUUCAGUUGUAUUUUAUAUUCCUACUAUGGAUUCUGCAGGAUAUCUUGGUUUGUGUUCAACAGAGGAAAGAAGCAGAUGAAAGUAAAUGGUGAAGAAAUUUUGCCAAUUUACGGUAAUAACAAACUAACACUAAAUAGACUAGACUGUAAAACCUGAGAAGGUUAAGUUAAUCUAACUGUUUGCCACAAACCAUUUAAGUCUUUAAACCAAAUGAUUUGAGUACUGUUAACUUAUAAAUAUGCUUAUAUAUACAUAUUUAAGCAAUAUUACACAAGUAGCAGUGCGAUAUGGCUGUAUAUUGGCACCGGUGAAAGGCAUGUGUUGACAAGACCAUAGGCCGAGCGCCUUAGUGCCCUAGCAGUGCUGAUAUACUGCUACUCAUGUGGUAUUGUGUUUAUACAACAGUUCGACAGCAUAAUCGUGUCUAUAAAAAAGAAAAUCAAACACAGAGAGUCUCAAAACCCUUUUGUAUGAGGAACUACUUUCUUCUGCCAUUCAUUUACAUCUGCAGCUGACGUCAGAACAGCAGAAACCGCUGCUCAUUCACUAACAUCACUGUAGAGCUAGUGUUUGAGUGAUUCUCUAGCGUAAUGUCUAAAGUGAUGACAGAACAGCUGAUUUUGCUCACAUUUUAAGAUUAUAAGGCUGAACAGCAGGAAAUGCCAUCAGAGAUUUCCCAGUGUUUCUCUGCUGUAAUCAGGAGAUCACAAUAAUUAACCCUGAAAAAGCCAAAGCCAAAGCAAACACUAGCAGAUUACUGUGGUAUAAAUACAGCACUACACACAAAAGAGAGAGAUCGACUUAGAAAGUCACUCACCUGUUCUGUAAUGAUUUGAUCUGUUGUAGAUUGAAAUUACGCUAAGUUUUUCCUCCUCUAAGCACUUAUUAUGCGCUCUCUGUCUCCAUCUUGUAGCGGAGCGUCAGUCGUCUUUGUUCUACUCAGUAUGACAGGCUGAUGGAUGCAGACAUGCUGAAUCUGCAGAAUUAUAUAUAUUUAAAAUAGGCACUAUCCUUAUAAACUGCAGAGCUGCAAUCUAAACAGCUACAUUCUCACCUAAAAAAGCCUCAACAGUACAUGAUGUUGUCCAACAGCUGCAAUAUUUGUCAGACUGUAGUGAGUUUAUUGAUCUGCUGUCACUCUGUGUGGGCGGAGUAAUACACAAGAGUGAAGAGGCUGUACUUUUAUUGCAGAAUAUCGCACUGCUAUCAGCCAAUCAGAUUCAACAACCAGACAGAAGUUUAGUUAAUAGAACAAAUUAAGUCCAAACAACUAUAAACUGCUACUCAAAUGGUGUUUGGUAUUGUUUCUAGCAUUAGGGUUAGCACAAACAACAGAAUUAAAUUAUUCAUAACUCAUUAAGCUUGAGUUCUGCAUAAUAUAAUCACUUUAUUACUUACCAUAACUCCUUUUAAUCAAGUCAAAGUAACUUUAAGUUACUAAGUUAAACUAACUUAUUUCAUGUAUCGGUUUUCACCGUUAGUUUUUUACAGUCUUUAUUAGUUAGUAAGGUAGAAGUUUAGGUAUUAGGGAUGCUACUAAUGAACAGUUCAUAUCUUAAUAAUAGGCAGGUAUGAAUUAUAGUCAGUAGUAAAUAGCAUGACUUGUGGCCUAACUAAAGUGUCACCCCAAUUUCAUGCAAUUUUGGGUGAACUGUCCCUUUAAGGUGCCUUUUUUAGCUUAUACAAAGACACAGCUUAAUGUUUGGUUUUGAUUUAGCAUGAAGGGAUUGUAAAGGGGUGGGUUUUCUGUUUUGUGUUGUUAUUUAUAAUGGUGCAGUUGUUGGUUGGUCAGAUGUGUUUCUGCUGGUGCGUCACUGCUGAAGCUCCUCAAGCUAAAAUGGCAUUAGAGUAUUGAUCAGCAGGGACAGAUUCAGUGAUUUAAAAGCUCUAAGCAAUUUAGCCACAGGGCCUGAAAGCCCUAAUAUAUGCACCCUUGUGUUUAUUUAUUUGCUUGUUUUUCUUUUGUUUAUGUAUUUUCCAGUCUUUUUCUUAUUUCACUCAAUCUUUACUUUAACAUUUUUUCUUAAUAUAAAAAAACAACUAAAAAUAAGCAAUUGUUUGGUUUACUAUUAAAUCUUCAUCUGAUUUGGAACAAAAUUGCACAGAUUUAAUAACUACAAUACAGUUUUAUUUGUUAGACGCUCACAAUGCAAAAUACAACAGAAAACUACACUCACCGGCCACUUUAUUAGGUACACCUCAUGCCAGAGGUCAGAGGAGAAUGGCCAGACUGGUUCCAGCUGAUAAAAAGGCAACAGUAACUCAAAUAAGCACUCGUUACAACCGAGGUCUGCAGAAGAGCAUCUCUGAACACACAACACGUCCAACCUUGAGGCGGAUGGGCUACAGCAGCAGAAGACCACACCGGGUGCCGCUCCUGUCAGCUAAGAACAGGAAACUGAGGCUACAAUUCACACAGGCUCACCAAAACUGGACAAUAGAAGAUUGGAGAAACGUUGCCUGGUCUGAUGAGUCUCCAUUUCUGCUGCCACAUUCGGAUGCUCGGCUCACAAUUUGGCCUCAACAACAUGUAAGCAUGGAUCCAUCCUGCCUAUCAGCGGUUCAGGCUGGUGGUGGUGGUGGUGUAAUGGUGUGGGGGAGAUUUUCUUUGGGUCCAUUAGUACCAAUUGAGCAUGGUGUCAACGCCACAGCCUACCUGAGUAUUAUUGCUGACCAUGUCCAUCCCUUUAUGAGCACAGUGUCUCCAUCUUCUGAUGGCUACUUCCAGCAGGAUAACGCUCCAAUCUCUGAGGAAUAUUUCCAGUAGCUUGUUGAAUCUCUGCCACGAAGGAUUAAGGCAGUUCUGAAGGCAAAAGAGGGUCCAACCCGGUACUAGUAAGGUGUACCUAAUAAAGUGGCCGGUGAGUGUUUGUUUCAUAUUUAUAAUUUAUACUUGGGCAUUUAUUAGGGCCCCCAAAUUACCUAGGGCCCUAAGCGGCUGCUUACCAAGCUUAUUGAUUAAAACUGAUUGAUUAGGAUACGCACAGUGUAGUCUUAAGGAUAAAAUAUCGAUGUAGAUCCGUCCUCAUACACAAACACAACCCUGCUGUGGUUGAUCAGACUGUACAGCGACUAGUGUAAAGCAUGUAGCGUGGCUUUGAAAUCGAGGUUUUGUCAGUGUGUUUUCCUACAGUUUGUGUGUAUAUAUCUAUUCUUUCGUACUGUAAAACAACACUGCAGUUUUUGAUGUUAGUGAUCAGAAUGUGUGUGUUUAAUUUAUUUUCAGCAGAAUUCAAAGCUCAGGAACAUUGUAGCAUGACAACUAAUAAACAGUGAAGUUUCUGA